AGCAACUAUCCGCAGCAAACUACUGCAACUGAGCGUCGACAGCGUCGCGAGGACUACUAUUGAUCGUCAACAACGUCUGGAAGAGAGUAGGACUGCGACACAGUGGCUGCUAAAGUUACCGAAAAAAAGUUUUUGGACACUAAGCUACUCUUUCACCCAGUUUCGUCUUUUCCUCCUAACGUCUCGGGGACAGAGUGGGAGGAAGGAAGGAUGGGAAUAAGUCAAAUUUGAAGCGAGGGAGUUGUCAUGUUUGAAAGCGCUGAGGGCUGAGGGAAGGGAGGAACUUCUGCUGUGUGUGUCCCAAAAAGACGACUGUCUCAUGUCCAAGGAGACCGUGCUUCCUCCGGAUGGGCCGGCAGGGCCAGAGAAGGGCCCUCAGCAAGAGACAAGUCCCCUGCUGCGAGCUACACAAGAUGCUUGUGACAGUGAAUCGUCAGCAAGAACCCCAUCUCCCAGGAAACCAGCCACUGAAGGACAAAGUCAUGUGACCGAGGAGAAGCCUAAUUAUUGCGAGCCUGUAAGAACUCAACCCCAGCCUCAGCCAGUUCCCUCAGAGUCUGCUGAGGGAGAUGCUGGCAAGGACCAAAAUGGCUUUCACCACAACAGCAUUGGCACGCCCGCGCUGAGUAACGGCAACGGCAUCCACCCUGGCAUCGGCGGGGCCAGGGCCACGCGCACAUGCUCCUGCGGUGCCAGCAUCAGCUCAGGCGCCGCGGGUGGGUCAGGCUCUGGAACAAGAGCAGCAGCCACCACAACAGAGCAGCCCAGGAAGCAGCCGUCCACGCCUGUGUCAGAGAGGGUGCAGAGGAAACUGAGGUCCAGCUUGUCAGUCAAUAGUGACAGCAGCCGACGCAGCAAAGGCAGUUCCACAGGGUCACAGAAACCUCCCUUACCAGAGGACUGCUGCGUCCACUGCAUCUUGGCGUGCCUGUUCUGCGAGUUCCUGACACUCUGCAACAUGGUGGUGACGCAGGCCUCGUGCGGCGCGUGCACAUCAGAGGCUUGCUGCUGCUGCUGCUGCACCGACGACCUGGGCGACGACUGCAACUGCCCCUGUGACAUGGACUGUGGCAUCAUGGAUGCCUGCUGUGAGUCCUCAGAUUGCCUGGAAAUCUGUAUGGAGUGCUGCGGCAUCUGCUUCCCCACAUAGGGACACCUGCACCGGUGUAGACCAGUGUGUCUCUGUGGGGGAUAACUGGACCCUGGAUGGAAGAAUGGAAGGAAACUGCUGCUGCUGUCACUUUGAAUUCAGCAGCAGGCAGAGGUUGUGUGUGUGUGUGUGUGUGUGAUUGUUGACAUAUGUGUUUGUGAAUGUGCUUCGUGUGUGUGCAGUAUGGUGUGGCUGAGUAAAGCAUGCUUUGAAAGAUGUAUUUUGACACUGGGCUUCCAGCUCAGCAGGGGCUUGGAGUAACUCCAGAUAUAUGAACAUGUCAGUUAAAUCUUCAGUUUAUAGUAAUUUUUUCUGUUACAUAUUCUAUCCUUUGCGUAAAAAGUAUUAUCACAGACUGCCUUAAAGAUUUUAUUGUUACAUCAGGAAUGCUGUCUAAUUGUAUCGUAUCUUUCUAGUCAUUUUGAUGACCGACGUGUCACUUACACCAAACAAAAUGAUUUAUUUACUCUGAUUUAAUUUUGUGUUGUUUUUUUUCAAUGCUCAAAAACUGAGGUUGCGGUCUUCGUACUGUACAACACUGUAAAAGGUUUAUGUGACAUUCCAUACAUUCUUAGCUGCAUACUGUAGUUUCGCAUCUUUCAUUUACAGUUAUUUACUGUAGCACUGUAGAACAGUUAAAACUGGUGAAAUAUCAAAGGUGAAUCAGGAUAUCGGAAAUGCUACUUUCAAAAACCAAAAGUAAAGAACGUGCCUGUUUUAGGAUGUUUUUACUUUUAUAAGCAUUUCUUUUGAUUGAAGUGACUUGUUCUUAUCGAAAAAUCUGCACAAAAUUUGCUGAUAAGCAAACACGUAAAUGCUAAAUCAUGCUGAAAAGUUCAUGAAAAAAGGGUUUUACAAAAAUUGUCAUCUCUCCUGAUUUGGCAGGUUUCAAAGCCUUGGGUUUACUGGAAAUGCAGUGCAGAUACUCACAUUUUUAAUGAAAUAAAAGAAAAAGGUUCUGACCAACUCAUUGCAACAUACUGUAAAUAUAAACAAUGGGCCUCAUGCAGAAAUACACUCUUACAUAUCUCUUCUAAUUUCUCUUAAUUUCUAUCAAGAGAAAAAGAUUUGAAAUGCAAUGGACAUUCUUAACUGUUAAAAUCUGCUCUCACCCAGGUAUGCUGAAUGAUGAAUUUGUCUUGAGCAUUCCGUGAAAAAACUGUAAGAUGGAAAACCUGUAUUGGUUUACCUCACCUUAGUGAAAUACUGUUAAAUAAAAGUAAACACAAAUUAAACAUCACUUUCCAUAGUGUCACUUCUGCCAUCAAGGGGAAAUCAAAAACCCAACAAUUGCAAAGCAUUCAAGAUGCUGUAAAUGCCAUGUCAACGUAAGGCCAAAGCAUCCAAGAGCAGUAUGUAAGCCUUUUAGAAGCUGAACGUGUUCCCUCUAUUAAUUUGUAGGUUUUUGCAGGUCCGUCAACACAGGGCAGGUGAAGGUCUCCUGCCCUGAAUGAGUUUUUUCUUUUCCUCAGCAGCAGUUUGUGACUUGCGAUGUGAAUAUAUGAUCUGUCAAUCUGUUUAAAAAUGAUCAGAUCAGCUGCUGCGAGUAAAUGCAGACUUUUAUACCCGGCAGACUGAAUAGUGAAGUUUCACUAUAAAUGUGUCCUGACAUUCUGCUGCUCCAUUUGUGCCCAAAGUAUGCUCUGUGCUCCGAGAGUGUGGGGCAUUGAAUAACUGAAGGGUAUAUAUUCCAAAAGGGCUCUCCAUGAAGGGUCCAGCUCUAAAAAUAGAGUCUAGUUGUGGCAGCAGAUGUUUUUAUCAUGGUAGGCUAACACAAAUAAAUGAAUGUUUGGGAAACCCAGAGACGGUGAAAAUUAGAUUUUUUUUCUGUAUCGUGGGAGGAGUGCUCAUAACUACUCAUAGGAUUUUUUCAUACAUAAGAAAAAAAGAAAAAAUAGAGAAAUCCAAGAAAAACUACGACAUACAUUGCUUCCUGCAUGAGCCCCAUUGUGUACAGCUCUUUUAUUUCUGUGAGAGUCCUCUCAUGUUAGCCAUCAACGAUUAGGCUUUGUCAGCUACAUGUGAUACAAGUCUUUUCUGUGAUGCUUUUUUACAUACAUACUGUGUAAGUGUGACUUGUUGAACUGCACUCUGUUCACGACGGGUGCGAUGCGGAAUUAAAAAAUGGCGACCCUGGUUGCCAUUUAAGCGGCUUUCGGGUUUCAAGCCCAGCGACUCACAAUACAAAAAAGGAAUCAUGAACUGUCAUGUUGAAAUAGUAAACUAAUGCAGGGUAAAGGCAGUUUUCCUCUCCUUUUUUUCCCUCUGUCCCUUAAUUCUGUGUAUCUGGAGAUGAGUUUGUGGUGAAUCACCAGCGGAGUCAUUUUCUUGUCUCAGAGAUUUGCUUUGAUGUUGUUUAAGUGAUGAUACUUAAUGCUGGCCUUCAUUAGCACUGCUUGCUAACCGGCUACAAAAAAAAUGUCCCUUCCUAACGCCAACAAAGAUAAUGUGCUGUCAUGUGCGGCUCAUCUUAAUGGUGCACUGCUAUUGUGUAUGCGGAGGUUGGAUAGGCACCUCUGCAGCAGAUAAUGUGCAGAACGUAAACCUCAUUUUCAUUUUUAUGAUUAACUCACGCCAAGAGUGUCAAGAAAAUACUUUAGAUAAUGUGAAAAAUUCAUUUAACAAAAAAUGUAUACAUGUAGCUACAGUAGUUGUCCUCUUAUACUAUACUGUUUUAUGUUUUAUUUUCUCUGUGCCUUACACUUGAUCCUUCUUAUUUUCAUCUCGAAGCAUCAUUGCUCAACAUUUCUUAGUUUUGUACAUGAUCUUCAGUCUCAAAGAGAACAGUUUUGUUUGUUGUUUUUUUUUUAAAUAAAACAUUUCCAAAAAAUG